GCGCGUGCGCCCUCCGCGUGCCCUCAACGGCGCGGAGGACGUUAGCUUUUCGGCGUGGUGGUUUCCUUAGAGACGGAGUCGGCCCCGGUGGCGGCCACCAGGACAACGGGACCGUGAGACUCCAGGAGAAGUCAAAAUGCCGGCCAGGAAGAAAAGCAGGGUCAAACUCAAAACCAAAGACAAGAAGAAAAUAGAAGAACAAAUUAUUGAACAAGCCAAGGCCAAUGCCUCUCUUUGGGAGGCCAGAUUGGAAGUCACAGAACUCUCCAGGAUUGAGUAUCGUGAUACUUCCCGAAGACUGGCAAAAAAUAAUGAGGAUUUAAAGAAACAGCAGUAUAAACUGGAAAAAGAUACUAUGUCUGUAUUAAGCUACUUGAAGAAGCAAGAUCAGGAGAAAGAUAAUAUGAUAGAAAAACUGAAACAGCAAUUGGCUGAAACAAAGGAAAAAGCCAAAGAAGAGAAGGAAAAAUUGGAAGAAAUGUAUUCUGUGCAAUUAAGUGAGUUGGAGGGUCGGUUUAAUCAAAAAUCCAAAGAAAUUGGCAUAAUUCAGACAGAGCUAAAGACAAUAAAACAAUUCCAGAAGAGAAAGAUCCAGGUGGAAAAAGAAUUAGAAGAUCUUAAAGAAAAUUUACUGCACUCAGAGAAAAAACAUCAGGAGACACUUAGAAGACUAGAAACCAGAUUUUUUGAAGAGAAGCACCGCUUGGAACAAGAGGCUGAGAAGAGGAUAGUAAUCUUGGCAGAGAGAGCUCACCAUGAAGCUGUGGUGCAGUUGAAUUCUGCUGGAAGAAAUGUUUUUAAAGAGAAUGUUUAUCUUCACAAGGCGCUUACAUACCACUUGAAGGAAGCUGAAGCUCAGCAGAAAAGCUCCAAGAAGUUACAAGAAAGUCAUUCCUGCCUUUUACAACAAAAGGAAAUCAAUGAGCUGUUGAUAAAGGAAAAGAUUAUGCAACUCACCCAGCAGAAAUCACAAAUCCAAACUCUUCAGAAGAAGGUGAUAAGCUUGGAGAAUGCUCUGGCUUUUAUGACCACAGAGUUUGAGGCUGAAGUUUUGAAACUGCAGCAAAAGUCAAUGAUAGAGAAUGAAGCAGGUCGGAUAGAAAUCGACAAGCUGCAGCAACUUCUUCAGAUAAAGGACAGGGAAAUGAAUCGAAUGAAGAAGCUGGCUAAGAACAUACUGGAUGAGAGAACAGAAGUGGAACAGUUCUUUCUAGAUGCUCUGUACCAAGUGAAGCAACAAAUUCUGUUCAACAGGAAACAUUAUAAGAAGAUUGCACAAGCUGCUUUCAAUUUAAAAAUGAGAGCAGCAGGUUCGGGAAAAACAGAAUACCCCAAAAUCAGGACCUUUGCUGGCAAAGAACACAGUACCAAUAGUGUGACUCAGGAUCUCAUGGAGGCUGAAAAAUGGCCAACUAAUCUAAAAAAUGUGGAUAUUGGAGAUUUGACCUGGGAGCAAAAGGAAAAAGUCUUGAGAUUGCUCUUUGCAAAAAUGAAUGGUUUUGCUGCUAGGAAAUACAAACAGAGUUCUAAGCCUCCUCUUCCAGACUACAUUUCUGACAGUGGAGAAAUGAAAGAAACUGGGGAUGAAAUGAAUGUUCCAGAUCAAACCUUCAUCACCCAGCAAGUGCAAAUUUCAGACUCCAAAAAAAUGGGGUCUCAGAAAUAAAAGCAGAGCAAUAGAUGACUCCACAGCAGAUAUAAGUGAGUCCUUCUUUAUGUAAUCUUGCUCUGAGUAUGUUCAAGAACAUUUUCAAAGGAAAAGAAAAUUCCAACUGAAAAGUUACCUGUUUGCCAUAGAAAUUGGUGUCUCCCCUGAAGGAAGAUCUCGAGCCGGUGAAGGAGAACAUGGGCAAAGGCACUGGAAUGGGGACAUUCACGCCCACCUAAAGAGAACAGAAGCACAUCGAGUACUGGCUGAAAGGCUUAGCAGGGUCCACACAGAAGCACAAAGACAUCGACACUAGUUUUAUUUUUUCUUUGGUUUUAGAUUUUGCUUGCUUUGGGUUUUCUGCAGAUAGCAAUUUUUAAGUAGUCAUCUUGCACCCUGUGUUCCACCCCAAGAAAUGGGGAGUUGUGGGCAAUUAAAAGGGCAGUCUAUUCACAGACCUGUCCGACAUCCACCAUGUGAGAGUAUUUCCGGGCAGUGGCUCCGUUGGUGGUGAAGAUGGCGGUUCCGUUUCCAUAUGGGUUGUCAUUUACAAUCUUGAUGGCUUCAUCCAGUGUUUCUGUCUCUAAAACCACAAGAACUGGACCAAAAAUCUCCUCUUUGUAACAAGUCAUACUUGGCUGUCAGGAGAAAUGGAUCCAGAAAAGUCUUAUAUUUUUUUAAAAAAACAAAACUAUGUUAUGCUUCUUUAGCACUGUAACUCACUACCCAUGUCUCCACAAGCACUUUUUUGUUCUAGUAACCAUCUUCUCUUAUUUCUGUUCAAAAGAUAGGAAUCUUUAGAGCUACAACUAUAUAAAUAACUAGGAUUUGCAUUCUUUGCUUUUCAGUACUCUAUUUCAAGGUCAAGACCCAUCACCAACACCUAUACAACUUGUUUCAUACAGUUAUUAAUAAAGUUACACGAAAAGUCAUUUUAUGAAUUAAAUAGAUAUUAAGUAAACCAGAACUUUUCUAGAAAUCCUUGCUAAAUGCUCUGUAACAAAACAACCCAUUCUUAUUCAUUCCUUUGCUUCCAAGUAAGUCUCCAAUUUUCAUAUUGGAUCCUACUUAAACAUUCAAAACAUCCUUCACUGCUGCACCUACCCAGCUGUGUUUAUUGCCAAUGCGCUUUUCCUCUGCAUUUCUGUGGCAAGAAACUUCAACCUGUGACAUGUUAGUCAGGACAUACAACAAAAAGCCUGCCUCUAUUAGUCAUGAAUGUUAGCUGGGAGACUGUCACACUUUGAUAAAUAAAAAUUGAUGAUUUCUA